GCUCCGUGGGGGAGGACUGAGAGAGAGGGGCUGGACUCCGGUCGUCCGCAGGGUCGUGAGUGUGGAGCAGCUGCUCGUCUUGCCGGAGCGUCAGUCUGUCUUGCAGCGUCGGUCUCUUGACUCAGACAAGAACCUCCUGCUCAGAAAGAACCGAGUGCCUUAUUCAUACAGCAUGAGCUCCUCCAGCAGCACUGGUCCCCAGUGUGGGAAGAUGGCUGCUGUUGUCCCAGAUCUCCCCAGCGGGCCUCUGGACGUGUACAGGACGAAGGCCUCGUUCAACUGGAAGGACAUGGUCCUUUUCUUAGAGGGAGAGGACGUGUACACAUUCAAGCAACAUGUGUUCAGCACGCUGGAGAAUGACCCGCUUUUCUCCCGUCAACCCGGCGAAGACCUCUCCAUCGAGAAGAGGAGAGAGCUCACCUUCCUCAGAGUCAAACAGCUGUUCCGGUACAACUUCCUCGCACAAGACGACAUCGAAGCGAACCCAUGGAAGUUUGUAGUCUUCAAUGACUGUCUGAGCAUGUAUGACUUGUCUCUUUCUGCGAAGUUCUUCUUAAACAAGGCGAUGUUUGGGGGGACUGUUGCCAACUCGGGAUCAGAAAGACACAUCAAGUUUGUCCAGGAUACCGAGGACAUGACGAUAUUUGGGUGCUUUGCCCUGACUGAGCUGAGCCAUGGCAGCAACACAAGAGGCAUGAGGACGACAGCCACAUACGAUCCCAGCACACAGGAGUUUGUGGUCGACACCCCUGACUUUGAGGCUGCCAAGUUCUGGGUGGGCAACAUGGGGAAGACGGCCACGCAUGCUGUGGUGUUUGCUCAGCUUUACACACCUGAUGGAGUCUGCCAUGGCCUGCACUCCUUCAUCGUGCAGAUAAGAGAUCCUAAAACCCUGAUGGCCAUGCCUGGUGUAAUGGUUGGUGAUAUGGGAAAGAAACUGGGCCAAAACGGAUUGGAUAAUGGGUUUGCAUUGUUCUGCAACGUGAGGGUCCCCCGAGCGAAUAUGCUGAGUAAGACAGGCGAUGUGACACCUGAUGGGCAGUACGUAACACCGUUCAAGGAUCCCAACAAGCGUUUUGGGGCAGCUCUGGGGGCCUUGUCCGGUGGCCGUAUUUCCAUUUGUAGGUUGGCACAGGAUAAUCUGAAGCUAGCCUUGACUGUGGCCAUACGUUUCUCUGCCACCAGACGGCAGUUUGGGCCCAGAGACUCUGAGGAGAUCCCUGUUUUGGAGUACCAGUUACAGCAAUGGCGUCUCCUCCCCUUCCUGGCAGCAGCGUACGCUCUGGACCACUUCUCCAAGUCUGUCUUCAUGAAUUUUGUGGAGUUUCAGGUUGGACAGAUGAUGAAGGACAAAAGCAACCGACAGGUGGAGCUAGGCCGAGAGCUUCAUGCUAUAGCCUGCUCCAUGAAGCCCCUGGGCUCCUGGACAGCUCAGAGAGGAAUUCAGGAGUGCAGGGAGGCCUGUGGUGGACAUGGAUACCUGGCCAUGAACCGCUUGGGUGAUAUCCGUGAUGACAACGACCCCAACUGCACAUACGAGGGAGACAACAAUGUACUACUGCAACAGACCAGCAACUACCUGCUCAGCUGGCUCCAUACCAAGCACUCCGACGGUGUGGGGACUGAGUCUCCUCUGGAGUCUGUCAAGUUCUUACAUGAUUUUAACAAGAUCCUUGAGACAAAGUUUACCGCAACGACCAUGGAGGAGUGUGUGGACUCUUCAGUGCUGCUGGCGGCCUAUAAGUGGCUGGUGUGUUUCCUCCUGAAGGAGAGCCAGAGGAAACUUGCCCAGGAGAAGGCUUCUGGAAAGACCAACUUUGAGGCCAACAAUGACAGCCAGGUGUACUACUGCCGUUCCCUGUCUGUUGCCUACAUAGAGCACACUGUUCUGCAGAGGUUCCACGACUUCACCUGUGACCAGAACACACCCGAUGACCUCAGACCAGUCCUAAAGAAGCUCUGUUCCCUCUACGGCCUCUGGACCCUCAGCAACCACAUGGCCACACUGUACCAGGGUGGUUAUUUCUCAGGAAGAACGCCAGCGGAGUUUGUCCAGGGGGCCAUUGUCAACCUCUGCUCCCAGCUGAAAGACGAGGCCGUGGCACUGGUGGACGUCAUCGCUCCUCCUGACUUCAUUCUCAACGCUCCAAUUGGCAAGGCCGAUGGCGAGCUGUAUAAGAACCUGUGGUCCACGGUGAUGCAGAGCAGCAACGUGAUGGAGCGUGCGGCCUGGUGGAAGGAGUUCUGUGCAGACAAACCUGUGGUGGGAUCCCUCCGUGCCAAGCUCUGAAACCCUGGAUGGACCAUUAGAGAGCCCUGCAACAUAAUAAAAGAAAACUCCUCCUCUUCAUCGCUCCAUCCUCUCAACAGCCUUACCCCUGUUGAGGAAAAGAUGAGCAGUGUUGUGGAUACUGACCCUGAUUGAAGACGUUAGCAACUACAAAGGAUGAGAUCUUUAUUCAGAUUAACAGUUUAACAUUUCCAAUUGCCUUAUGAUGAAGCCUGCAGUGGUUUGAAAUCUCACAUGAAGUUGUUCUACUCUUCAUUUUAACUGCUGAGUCGAUAUUUAAUUCUUGAUCAUUUUUGAUGCCUUGGAAACAAAACAGCCCAAAAUAAAGAGCUCGAGUUUUAGAAUCAACAUGUCAUAAUUAAUAAUAAUAUAGGCUCCAGGGAUAGGCUACAGCGUCCCGCGACCCUGAGAGCAGGUGAAGCGGUUUGGUUAAUGGAUGGAUGGAUGGACGUCAUAAUUAAUUGAUGUGAAAUUUACAUUUAGCAGA